AUGGAAAGUAUCAGCGCUUAUAUGUUUUCGCCAACACUGACAACACUGGCUGUGAUAUACCAAACAGAUUACGAUAGCAUCUCAAUCACCAAAACAGUCAAAUCUUUUGCCAAUUUGUUGGGAUCUUUGCAUAUGAACAAUGUAGUUUAUAAACCUAGUCGACUGACCCUCCCCUCCGCCCGCUCUAUGGGAUUUAACAUGAAAUCCCAGCCUAAGUCUAUGGCUAUACUUUAA